AUGAAUGUUUUAGUAUAUUCAGGUCCGGGGACGACUAUUGAGUCAGUAAAGCACUGUACUGAGUCACUGCGGAAAGUUCUGUCUCCUUUUUAUGCGGUAGUGAACGUCAAUGCGAAGAUAAUUAAAACUGAACCUUGGACUGCUUCAACGGCCCUAAUAGUAAUUCCUGGCGGAGCUGACCUGCCUUAUUGCCGAGAGCUGAAUGGCGCUGGGAAUAAUAUCAUUCGAAAAUAUGUAAGAUCUGGUGGCCGAUAUAUUGGAUUUUGUGCUGGAGGUUAUUACGGAUCAUCAAGAUGCGAGUUUGAAGUCGGUGAUCCUGAAAUGGAGGUUAGUGGCAGUCGUGAAUUAGCAUUUUAUCCAGGAGUCUGCAGAGGCUCUGCUUUUAAAGGUUUUAAGUAUGGAAGUCAUGUUGGUGCAAAGGCCACUUUAUUGAAGGUCAAUAGGAAAAAUCUGCUUGGGCGUAAUGAAGCUGGUCCAGAUUUCAAAUCAGACGAGGCGUCCCGUAGUUUAGGCGAUUUCAGCUGCUAUUUCAACGGUGGUGGGACUUUUGUGGAUGCAGAACUUCUGGAAAGCCAAGGAACUGGAGUUGAGGUACUGGCUGAAUACACAGAACCUUUGGAUGUGGAAGCGACAAAUACCAGUGGUAAAGAGGUAGCAGGAGCGGCAGCUGUUUAUUGUAAAUUUGGCAAGGGUAGCGCUGUAUUAACAGGGGUUCAUCCAGAAUUUGGCUUUUUAUCUAGUGUUUCAGGAAAAGCAGAGUCUGAUAGUACAGAUUCUGUAGAUAAAGACGUUGUUGAUGCUGUGAAUCUAGAUAAUUCGAAACGCUUAGCUUUUUUAAGAUGUACCUUGGCCAAGAUGGGGUUAAAAGUGAAUUGGGACGAUAGCAGCAACAGCAGCAUACCUCAACUUACAAGACUCAAACUGACGUCACUGAGACCAGCAACUGUGCAGUCAUUGAUUUCACACCUGAAAAACGAGAUUGGCUUUACUGGUGAAGAUGGAAAUCUUCUUGUGGGUCAAAACGAUACCUUUCGCAUAAUUCUGGAAGACUCCCACCAUCCCGAAUCAGAGGGUGCGAGUGAAAGCGGACGUCGAACUCAUCUUCUUAAUUAUGAUGUUGAGGUUCCGGAAGAUCUUAAUAAGGUUAUUAAGGAUAUCGAGAUUAGCAACUCUUCUCGACCAAACCACCGUGACACACCUUAUUUUAAUCACCAGGUCUAUUAUGAGAACCUCGAAGCAUUGCAAACGAGAAAUAACCUCAAAGGUGAAUUAGGUUCCAUUCUGCUAUAUGGUGAGGUCGUUACAUCCACCUCUACCAUGCUGGAUAAGAACUAUUCGCUACUUCGUCAUCUUCCAAAUGGCUUCACAGCUGUAGGUACCAUCCAGGUCAGUGGCCGAGGAAGAGGUAAUAAUGUUUGGGUGAACCCUCCUGGUGUUCUUGCCGUUUCCGGUGUGUUAAGAAUGCCCAUGGGCGUAAAUACUCCCUCUAUAAUUUUUGUUCAAUAUCUUGUGUCACUGGCAGUUGUUGAGGCUAUCCUUGACUAUGGACCAGGAUAUCAGGAAAUGCCUGUUCACUUGAAAUGGCCCAACGAUGUCUAUGCCAAAAGUCCACCUCACAUGACAAAUGUAGAAGAGUACCUGAAAAUUGCUGGUGUAAUUGUAAACAGCAAUAUUUUUGAUAGUGAAUAUGUCCUCGUAUACGGGGCUGGCACCAACGUUUCAAACCCGGCACCGACAGUAUCCCUGAAUGUUAUUCUCAACACCUUGAAUGAAGAACGUCAUAAGAGAGGUCAAGCUCCAUUACCAAAUUAUAACCAAGAAGUGCUCUUGGCUAAUUUUGUUACCAAACUGGAAGAAAUGUUGAAUUCAUUCAAGUAUCAAGGUUUUACUGCAUUUAAGGAGCUGUACUAUAAACGAUGGCUCCAUACGGAUAAGAUUGUUACUCUUGAACAAUAUGAUAAUACUAAGGCUAUCGUGCGUGGUAUAACUUCUGACUUUGGACUCCUCGAAGUUGAAGAAGUUGAUCGUAACAACAACCCUACUGGUCGAAAGUACGAGCUGCAACCGGACGGAAACUCAUUUGAUAUGUUCAAGGGGCUGUUAAAAAAGAAGAACUGA